AUGGUGGGGCCACUCAAGAAGGCACUAGGAGGGUUUACGCACCUACUUGUCGCAAUUGACAAGUUCACUAAAAAGAUAGAGGAAAAACCGAUAACCACGAUCGACUCCAAGGAAGCUGCCAAGUUCUUCCUGGACAUCGUGUACAGAUUCGGCGUGCCCAACUCCAUCAUCACCGACAACGGGACCAACUUCACAGGUCACUACUUCCAAGAAUUCACGAAAGGAUAUGGGAUUCGGAUUGAUUGGGCAUCGGUUGGACACCCGCGCACAAAUGGGCAAGUAGAAAGAGCUAACGGCCCAAUCCUCCAAGGGCUCAAACCGCGCAUUUUUGACAAGCUCAAAAAGUUCGCGGGUCGUUGGGUGGAAGAGCUGCCGGCAGUGCUCUGGAGCUUGCGAACCACACCUAACUGGUCCACAGGACUAACACCCUUCUUCCUAACAUACGACUCCGAAGCCGUCUUGCCUUCCGAUCUGGACUACGAUGCGCCAAGAGUCAAAGCCUUUGACCCGCCAACGGCAGCGGAAGCUCAGAGGGACGCCAUGGAAGUCUUGGAGGAAGCAAGGCUAGCUACGCUACGCCGAUCGGUCCGCUACCAGCAAACUUCACGUAGGUACCACGAGAGGUGCAUACGGGAGAGGACGCUGCAGGUCGGAGAUCUGGUUCUGCGACGGGUCAUGACGACGAAGGACAAGCACAAGCUCUCACCACCACAGGAAGGACCUUACAGCAUCGCAGAGGUGAUACGACCAGGCACCUACAAGCUAAAAGACUCCGACGGUAAAAUUCUGACCAAGGCGUUGUUUCCCGACCAGGCACCUACAACACAUUUGGCUCGGAGCGCUCGGGGGGCCAGACCAUGGUCUUCGACCAUCCUACUUUCCGUUGUUUCCCGUCUCUACAGCCCCUUGCCCUGA